CGCUUUUCGGCGGCACGUUAUUGUGAUACAUCUGUGUAGAAGUCAUAGAAACAUGCCGAGAAAUUUCCGUCACGGAAAUAACCGUGGUCGCGGUGGCCGGCAACAAGGAGGUGGAGAACGAGGCUUUUACGACGCCUCGCAGAAAUAUUCGGAACAUGAUAAUCGAGCAGAACGAACAGAGUGGAACGACCGGGAUAGGAACGAUCGCAAUGUCACCAAUGUGAAACGGCGAGUCAGCUUCAAGCCGUUCAACUUCAAGCAGUUCGGUAAGAAUGGGCGAGCGCUAGAGCAGCAAAUACGAAUGCACGUUUCGCAAGAUGACGAUGAAGCGAUGCGUGGUGACACGUUCGAUGGAGACUCGCCGGUUUCCUAUACAGCCAAUCGAAACAAGUUCAACCGGCAGCGGCGCAGUGGAUCACCCAUUCCUCGUAACGCUCCGAAUGCAAACAUCCGGAAAAAGAUAACACCAUCAAAUACCAACUGGUUCGAGGUUAAAGUACCAUACGGGAACAAGUACCCGAAAGAAGUAAUCCUUCGCCUUAUUCAGCACGCGAUUAGCCCGCAGUUCUUUAUCCCGCUUUACUACAAAACGGCCGAGUCUGCGGUGACGUUUUAUGUAGAAGAAUUUCAUGCCGCGGAAGCCAUUCUGAAGGUAAAUCGUAAGAUCGAUCUGCCGGAUGGGCGGAAGAUGAUUUUGCUGGUGCGCAACAAUCACCCUCCGAGUCAAGUGAAUGACCAACUAAAGGAUCGAAUGAAGCAAGCAAUGGUGAAACGCUACAAUGCCGCGACGAAAGCACUGAAUCUGGAGAAGUUCCAUGCCGAUCCCGAUCUAAGCGACAUUUUCUGUGGACUAUUUCGUCCGCAAAUUAUUCUGGUUGCUGUCGACAUUAUAGCGGAACAUAUUCCCGAACUGGAGGCACUAAACCUGAACGAUAAUAAGCUAUACAUGCUUGACCACCUUAAGUCAAUGGCUACGAAAAUUCCCAACCUAAAAAUUUUGUACCUGUCCAAAAACCGGAUUCCGUACGUCAACACAUUGGACAGCUUAAAAUCGCUAAAACUCGUGGAGCUCAAUCUGGAGGACAAUCCACUAAAGCAGCGAUUUGAAGACCAGACAGUCUACGUGAGUGAAGUACGUAAACGGUUCCCGAAAGUCAUCAAAUUGGAUAACAUGGAUUUACCGCCUCCCAUCAGCUUCGACGUGGACGACGAUGUAAAAGUUCCAUCCGCGAAAGCAUCGUUUCUGUGCGACGCAGCUGGUGCCGAUCUGGUACGCCAGUUUUUAGAGCAAUAUUUUGCUAUAUUCGAUUCUGACAACCGACAACCGCUUCUCGAAGCGUAUCAUGAACACGCAAUAUUUUCGUUAACGGUUAACACGUACCAACAAAACAACCAGCAAAGACUGGGAGCUUAUAUGUCCGGCAAUCGUAACAUCAAGCAUAAAACAGACCUGGACACAAGAUGUCGGCUUUUGAAACAGGGCCGACUGCAAGUUGUAUCGUACCUGUCGGAACUUCCUGCUACCAAGCACGAUCCACAAUCUUUUGCGGUUGACCUAACGCUAUUAACGCCGCAACUGUUAUUGCUCACCGUUACUGGAGUAUUCAAAGAACGCAGGCAAAACUCUGGCAGCGAGCCUAUCCGCUCGUUCCAACGUUCCCUUGUAGUAGUACCGUGCGGAAGUGGUUUCUGCAUUCGCAAUGAGAUGGUGCACAUCACAAACUCGACUCGAUUGCAGGAUGAGAAAGCUUUCAAAGAUCAAGCCGGCUUCGGAGCAGCCCCAAUAGCGAACCAAGCUUCAACAUCGAACGCAGCAACUGUUCCAGUUUUGCAACAACCACCGAUUUCGGCUCCCGUUGGUGCACCAGACGACAAUACAAAGUUGCAGAUGGUGCAAGCACUAGCGACACAAAGUGCAAUGAACUUGGAGUGGAGCAGACGCUGCUUGGAAGAAACUAACUGGAACUAUCAGAGGGCGGAGUUUGCUUUUAAUGAGUUACAGAAACAGAAUCGAAUACCACCGGAAGCUUUCAUAAAAAAUUAAUACAGUAACUAAGAGAUCAUGGUCACCAUGGGAAUAUGUUCAUAAAGGUCGGAUCUCGUACGCAUCCUUCGAGAUCUUCGUCAAAUCAAUUCUUUUUUUCAACUCACCAUUCGAUGCUUGUUCACAAAGCUAGCUGGUUCUGGCGACCAGUAGUCUUUACCUUAAUGAUUAUCAAGCUAAUGUUCAAAGAAACAUUGCAAAACUGGUUCAAUGACAAUAACUUUGAAUCAGCCGUUUCAACUUGCGAUGUUUCGAAUUCACUUGGUUUACUUUAGUUGAUUUAUGGUGAGUUCUCGUAUUUUGUAAUAUGUCAAUCUGAAUCAUAUGUUUUCUGUACACAGCGUCAGAUAUUCAAUAACAACAAUUAAAUUUUUACAAAUGUGAGUUUUUAGACAAAUUUAUGUUCUAGAUUAAUGAAAAAACAACGAAAAUGUAUCAAGUUCUAAAGCUUAGGGGAAAAGGCAUUCUCGUGAGUUAACAACUGCAUUACGAUAGUGUCUACAACCUCAAGGCUAAAAUUGUAUAAAGCGGAAAAGUAGAAAUUCGUUUUCGCGUUUUGCUACUUUAUUUACAAAAUACUUUAUAUUUUGUUGCCAAUUAAACGUCAUUUGAAAUAGCCUAAUAGCUGGAAUACUGGUGCUGCUAGUCAGUGCUAGUAUAAGUGAUGAAGCUUAAUCGAUUGGCUGAUAUGUAUAUGUUAAAAGCUACAUGAAUGCUUGCUCAUUGCUGGUCUAAGCCUAGGAUAUGCAUAGGGUAAUUGGCGAUCGUUUAAUGCACCUAAAAAUUACGAAUUACGGUUUGAUUUCUCUCUCUCACUCUCUCUGCAAACAUGGGCAUAGCCGUAUGAUCAGUUAUUUUACAUUUAUUUUGGUGAAUUCAAACGCAUUAACUUCUGUCUGCCUGCCCAGUAGCGGGAAAAACGAAUAAUUUACAUAUGAAACAAAAUUACUCGUGAGUUUCAUUGAAAUACGAUCGAUUGAGCAAACCAAUAUGUCUUGUCAGCGAUGUCUUGAACGAUACUGACAUCACACAAUUAAAUCUAAACAACAUACGGGAAACCAAACUGUGUGAAAUA